GCGACGGUGAGUACUCCUGGCGCCACAUCGCUGGCCGGGUCGGGCGGCGACUGGAGACCAGUGAUUUUCCAGAUGAUACCUGUGAUUCUCGGCGCCCUUGUUUAUCGAGCGUUUGCCAAGGUCGGGUCCUGGGAUGCAGCCCGGCAGUGAUCGGCUCAGCCUCCCUUCGAGGGCGGACGAUAACAGCAUUCUGAUGAGCCUCAGACUCACCAAAGUUAUAACAGAGGAGCUCGUAGAAUAGGAGACUAGUCCUGGGGGCGCCGGCAAAUGGGCUCUUACUGGCCAGUCGAAGGGAGGGAGGAUUAACUCAGAGUAACCGCCUGUCCGAGGGGGCGUGCUGGGUAGGGACUGGGGGUGGUGACAAGCUGGAAGGGCCAGUGCGGCUGUGGGGAAAUGAGCGCGGUCUGCAGGGCUGCGCUAGGAAGCGGAAGAGGGAGGAAGGUCUCAGAUCACAGUCUGGGACUCCGUGACAUAAAGGGACUUGAUAGCAGGGCAGGAUUUGGUGUACGUUUUGAAAAGAUCACUUUGACUCCCGGGUGGAAGUUGGAUGAUAGGAGGGAAGGAAUUGUGAGGCGACUUCUAGGAGGUCACCGCUGUUGAGGAGAGAAGGUGGCCAACGGCGGUGGCAGAGUAGGUAUGGGAGAGAAUUGGACCCUUCAAGAUGAUACUUAGAAAUUGACAAGAGUUUUGCAUAAGAUAUGGGAUUUGAGUGGAAGUAGCAUCCUGCUUAUCUAUGAAAUGCAGUUAACACAUCAGCUGGACCUAUUUCCUGAAUACAGGGUGACCCUUCUGUUAUUUAAAGAUGUAAAAAAUGCUGCGGGCUUGAGAAAAAAGGCCAUGGAAGGUGCCAUUGAUGGCUCAUUAAUAAAUCCUACAGUGAUUGUCGAUCCAUUUCAGAUAAUUGUGGCCGCAAACAAAGCAGUUCACCUCUACAAACUGGGGAAAAUGAAGACAAGAACUCUGUCUACUGAAGUUAUUUUCAAUCUUUCCCCAAAUAACAAUGUAAUUAAUAUGAUUUCAGAGGCCUUGAAAAAAUUUGGUAUCUCAGCAAAUGAUACUUCAAUUCUGAUUGCUUAUAUUGAAGAGGGUGAAAAACAAAUAAAUCAAGAACACCUAAUAUCUCAGGUAGAAGGUCACCAGGUUCCUCUGGAAAAUCUCCCUGAAAUAACAAAUAUUACAGAAGUCAAAAAGGUAUAUAAACUAUCUUCACAAGAAGAAAGUAUUGGAACAUUAUUGGAUGGUAUCAUUUGUAGAAUGUCAACAAAAGAUGUUUUGUGAAAUGACAGAAAUAUUAAAAAUUUUUCAGCUUUUAUAAAAAACAUUCAUUGUUUUUCCUAGAUCAUAAAAUCUGUUAUGUUGUGUUGUAUAAAGUUUUAAAACACAGAAUAGUAACAAAGGGACAAAAAACCACUCCUGGUCCUACCUUUUCAUAUUUUAAAAGAUAAUCACGGUUAUUGUUGUUAUUGUCUUCUGUUUCUGUCCAAAUAUAUUUUAUUUUUAUAUAAUUGGAAUAAUUGCAAACAUUUAUUGAAUGUCUACAGUAUACGAGGUUCUUAUCUAAAUGACUUUAUAUCCAUCAACUCAUACUCUUGCACUUAAUUCUGGCUACUCCAGCAUCACCCGUUCCAAGCUUCCUGGUUCCAAGUUUUUGUAUGCAAGAAUUCAUUUAAUUAUCACAGCAUCAUAUGAAGUAGAUUACUCCCGUUAAAAGGUUGUACAAAUAAUAAUGUGCGCAAGGUCGUACAGCUAAAAAUCAUGUUUUAUAAAUGGUUUGGUUUUUUUUUCGUAUUUUGUCUUAAAAUAUGGUUGUGUCAGUCAAGAUAGAGUAGGUUACGGGCCGUAUGUUAAUGUUUUGCCAAGUUUGCUUGCUCUUAGUCUUGUCUAUGCGUGGGCAAACACUGCUUUUCUGAAAUAUUUGAAAGUAAAUUGCAGACCUUGGGGCACUUCACCC